ACUUAAUAGAAAACUGCGAGAAAAACUAUAAACAAACCUCUAGGAAACAGAAAAUCGCAAAAUGUUUCAUCUGCGAACAAAAUACAUACCAGCCCCCGGCCCCGGGCGAGAAAAACUAACGAAUACGAGAUCGAGGCUAAGCUAAGCCGGUCCAAGAUGGCGUCCAAACCAUGUUCCGUGAAUUGAAAUGAAAUAUUGCGUGGCAUACGUAACGGUUACUAAAACAUGUUCGUUACGCGAAUAGUAAGCGUUCUCCUUCGUCGAACGCAAUAAUUCUUGAACAGUGACAGAUAUAAGAAAUGGCACUCAGUAUGUUCCUAGAACAUGUUGAACGCAAUUUGUGUGACCUUUCCUUUCAUUUUAGCGCUGAAACCAUGGAUCACAUGCACAGAGCAGCACAGCAGAUUGUUAAACAGGUCGUAGAUAACAUAGGGAGAAUAAAACCUCACCUGGAUGUUAAGGAAGUAAUAAGUAUGGGGAGUUUUGCAGAGGGAACUAAGAUUUGUUCUCCAAACGAGUUUGACUUCAUGGCGUGUUUUGAUUUCCUCUCCAGGAAUGAAAAUGUGCGAAUUGAGGGCACUGAAGGUUGCCAACCAGGUUACAUGGUGGCUUUUCUCAACUCUGGCUUUGAUAAGGCCAUGGCGAACAUAACUAGGCUACUGUAUAAGGAUAUUUGCUGCAUACACCACGAAGGAUUGCGUGCAGAGUUUGUGGAGACCCUGAAAGAGGUUGUGAAAGCCAUGUUAAUGAAGAAGGUUGUGACUCCACAUGGUAUCAUGGUCAUUAAAGGUUCAGACUAUUUAGCUUUGAAAUUAGAGUGGCACAAGUUUAAGGAGAACUAUGAAGGUCCUGAAAUAUAUAAUGGACUUUGUGAUAGAGACUUGAUAUUAGCAACUUCCUACUCACUAGAUAUUGGUGUUGAUAUUAUGCCAGCAGUGUCAGUUGAGGACUUAACUCCCCUAAGUGAUAUCCAUGGUUUUCCCAGUCAUGUAUUUGGAAUGACAGGAAAUGUAAAGUUUCAUCUUGUGUGCAAAGUGUCAGGGCAGUCCCCUCAUGCACCUUAUCUCCACAUUUCCCACGCUACCACUGAGGUUUUUCUGGUGCGCCAUCUACAUCCAAUCCAUAAAAAAUGCUACAGGGUACUGAAGUAUCUUCUAACUCACAACACAUAUUUUAACAGGCCAAUAAAAGACAUCAGCCUGUCUUCUUAUGUUUUUAAAACUGCUGUCCUUUUUCAUGAAUACGAGAAGCUGUGCUCAGGAACUCCAGAUAUUGUAACCUGCUGCAUUGAAAUUAUACGGUAUGUCAGGGUUAAAUUAAGGGAGGGUGUGUUUCCACCAUUCCUGAUGAGAACAACAAAUGUUUGGGGGCAGUGUUAUAAAAUUCCUGUAUCAGAUGCGUGGAGGCCAUCAGGUCUAGACAGAGAAAUCUGUUCAUUUGACUGGUGUUUUGUUUUGUGGUUUCAGCUUUGGAGGCAAUUUCUUGGCAAGGCACUGACAAUAUUUCAAAAAAUAAAACUGAAAUUGCAAACAGAAGAACCAGAAACCAGUGAUAGCAGCACUUUAUUGAAUGAUGCUUCACUGACUUCACUAAACAGCAUGUCCCAGACACGUGAUUUAGUGGAGUAUGUUCCAAAUAGGUAUGAUUCAUUUCUAGCUGAGUUUGAAGUUUUAAGGGAGGAUGCAUUUGUCAUUACAACUAAGUAUUCUAAAGAUGCAAAAGAUACUCAGACAUUUAGUUUCAUUAGCAGAUGUCCUUCAGAAAAAGUGUGGGAAUUGGUUCUACCUAAAUUUCCAGAAUAUCUCAGUCGAAUUGAGAGUGUGUGCAGCAGGGAAAUGAGUAUCCCAAAGGAAGAGUUUGAGGAAGUGGUAGAAGUGGGCUGAUAUUUUCUUGAAAAUCUACCCUGCCUUUUCUCAUCAAUCAAUGGCAAGGAAAUACUUCCAUGGUCAGAGGCGGAUCCAGGAAUUUUUGAUUGGGGGGGUCCAAACUUUGGUUCAGAAAGGACUGUUGGACUCUUUGAGGCAAAUUAGUUCUCCCCCACACCCCCUCCCACCAGUUGGGGUUGCAUGUUAUAUUUCCUUGGUCGCUUACCUUUUAUUUGGAUUAAUUAAAAAAAUCAGCCAGUUAAAAGUGAUAUACGAUCCUGUCCCAAAGUUGUAAGCGUCAGGUUUGAUAGGGGGGGGCUGGACCCUCCCCCUGGAUCCACCACUGAUGGUUAAUGUCACAGCUCCUGUGUUAAUGUAAAUUUUUUACACGAUUGCUUCCUUAGAAUGACCAACAUCAGUUGAUUUUAAAACAAUGGUAUCAAAAAGAUAGCUAAUCAUUGCUCAACAAGUUUAACUCAUUUUCUUUAUAUAGUAAGUCACUACAGUGACAUUUUACCUGUUCAAGACCACCCUUGAUUCUAGCUUUUAGCACUCCCACCUCUUCAAAAAUGAUUCACAAUUCAUGGGAUAAAAUGCAACUUUUUGCCAAGUUUAAACAUAACUCGACACCUGGUUCAGAGGUAACUUGUAUUGGCUUUGAACCCUCUCCUGCAGGUUUUUUUUAACUUUGUUGAUUAAGAUGAUGUGCUAAAAUAUAAAAGAGGCCAUCAAACUAGUUUUUAGGUGUAAACUUCCAAAAGAUGUCAAGCUCGCUAAUGAUGUUAAUGUUUUUUAAGUCUAAGCUAAGAUCAAUUCAGCUGUAAUUUAUAUAUUUAAAAUUUUUUUUUAUUUUUUGGCAUGUAAUGUUUGUAACAUUUUAUAUUGGUGUGUACAUAGAUUAUAGAUUAUAAAUUUCUUUUUUUUUCUUUAAAUACUUUAUUAUUGUAAUUGUAGAUUUAAUGCAUCAGUUUAAUCUCUGCGGAACCGAUAUUAUGGCCCCUUUAGUUCGGUGAAGUUUUGUGGAAUAAUCGAAAUGAUCUUUGAAGAUAUUGUAGUUUCUAAUAACUGCUCCGUAAGGUGUUGUGAAUACUGCUUGCACUGCCUUACGUAUCGCAUUUAAAACACUCGUCAAAGGAUACGGCCAAUCCCAUAUGCGACUAGCUCCGUACUUCUUCAAACAAGGUUAGCUCAAAACAAGCACUGGCUCCGAUCCUGAGA